AUGCGCGCAAAACGAAACAGGCACAGGUCCAAAGCCGAAGCCUUGUACGUGGACCUAUCAAUAGGUCAGAAAAUUAGUAAUUAUUAUUCCAUACCUGUUAAUCGUUAUUCCAAUAUCCUCGUUGUUCAUAUUAUAUCUGAUUCUGAUCUUUCACUUUCGAUGGGAUAUGUAGGUGGUGUGGCAGGAAUUAUAGUUGGAAGUCCUUUAGAUGUUUUAAAGGUUCGCUUACAAACAUCUACAUCUUCUCAUGUAAAUGAUAAACAAAAAUCAUCCUUUAACAUUUUAAUAAAUAUGAAAAAAUCAGAAGGGGUAUGUGUUGGAUCCCCAAUUAUAGGAUUGGCAUUUUUAAAUUCAAUCCUUUUUGCUUCUUAUGGUGGUAUCUUACGUUUUUUUAAAAGAAAUUCUAAAAAUUAUGAAUUCUCAAAUGAUUUAUUACCACCAUCAUUAUUUCAAGUUUAUUUAGCAGGAUUUGGGGCAGGUUUUUCAUGUUCUUUGGUUAGCACUCCAACUGAAUUGAUUAAAUGUCUUUAUCAAGGAGGACUUGUAACUAUAAUUCGUGAUGCACCAGGUUAUGGUGUUUACUUUUGGGCUUAUGAAGGAAUUAAACGUUUAACUAAUGCAUCAUCAUCAUCAGAUGAUAGUAUUAAUGAUAUUAAACUUUUAUUUUCUGGUGGUAUGGCUGGUGUGAUAUCUUGGGCUAGUAUUUAUCCUUUAGACGUCAUAAAGACUCGAAUACAAACCCAACCUUUUACUACCGCUGCUCUUAUGAUGUCUUCAACAACGAAAUUUACAGAAAACAAAUUAAUGAUGAUUAACAAUAAUAUUUUUAUUCCAAAGUUUUUUUCUGGAAUUAUAAAUUGUACUUUUCGUUUAUAUUCUCAAGAAGGAAUCUCAGGAUUUUUCAAAGGAAUAACCCCAACACUUAUAAGAGCUUGGCCCGUAAAUGCUGUAACCUUUUAUAUAUAUGAAAUUAUGAUUAAUUGGCUUAAUCGUAUUCAAAAAUAA